GCCCUUCCCAAGUCUAACUCUCAGCCCCGCCCCUCUCUCUGGACGCAUCUCUGGGCCCCAUCAUCACCGGGCGCCGGGCCCUCCCUCCUGCCUCCCCCUCUCCUCCCUCUUUCCUUUCCUCCCUCCCUCUCUCCCUCCCAGCUCCUGCACCAGGAAACGGCCGGAUCCCCGCAGCAGCCUGACCCUGCUCCACGCUGGCCGGGAGGAUGAAAGGCCCCAGCUGGGGGCUCCCCGCCACUACCACUGGGUCCUAAGAGCUGCCAUCCAGGCUGGCUGCCCGGAUGGCGACCCCAGCCUCGGCCCCAGACACACGGGCUCUGGUGGCUGACUUUGUAGGCUAUAAGCUGAGACAGAAGGGUUAUGUCUGUGGAGCUGGCCCUGGAGAGGGCCCAGCAGCUGAUCCACUUCACCAAGCCAUGAGGGCAGCUGGAGAUGAGUUUGAGACCCGCUUCCGGCGCACCUUCUCUGACCUAGCUGCUCAGCUGCAUGUGACCCCAGGCUCAGCCCAGCAACGCUUCACCCAGGUCUCCGAUGAACUUUUUCAAGGGGGCCCCAACUGGGGCCGCCUGGUAGCCUUCUUUGUCUUUGGGGCUGCUCUGUGUGCUGAGAGUGUCAACAAAGAGAUGGAGCCACUGGUGGGACAAGUACAGGAGUGGAUGGUGGCCUACCUGGAGACGCGCCUGGCUGACUGGAUCCACAGCAGUGGGGGCUGGGCGGAGUUCACAGCUCUAUACGGGGACGGGGCCCUGGAGGAGGCGCGGCGUCUGCGGGAGGGGAACUGGGCAUCAGUGAGGACAGUGCUGACAGGGGCCGUGGCACUGGGGGCCCUGGUAACUGUAGGGGCCUUUUUUGCUAGCAAGAGUCAGAUCUCAUUGAUAUCUCAGGUGCAGAUGUCUGAGAACUUCCCUGGAGAAAUUCCUCCGAUGUCUGAAAGAGAGGUUGGGAGCUGGGAAAUUGCAGAAAAUGAUAGGUGGCACCUAGAUCCUCCAAUCAAUGCAUACUUCGAUCAGCAAAUAUCCAACAGGAUAUGUGUGCGCUCCGUGUUAUGCAUGUUGCCAUUCCGGGAUGCAAAUAUAACGGCGAUGGCGGCGGCGGCGGCGGCGGCAGCAGCAGCGGGGGCUGCGGGCGGUCGGGGCUCCGGGCCGGGGCGGCGGCGCCAUCUUGUGCCCGGGGCCGGUGGGGAGGCCGGGGAGGGGGACCCGGGGGGCGCAGGGGACUACGGGAACGGCCUGGAGUCUGAGGAACUGGAGCCUGGGGAGCUGCUGCCGGAACCCGAGCCCGAAGAGGAGCCGCCCCGGCCCCGCGCCCCCCCGGGAGCUCCGGGCCCUGGGCCUGGCUCGGCAGCCCCCGGCAGCCAGGAGGAGGAGGAAGAGCCGGGGCUGGUCGAGGGUGACCCCGGGGACGGCGCCAUUGAGGACCCGGAGCUGGAAGCGAUCAAAGCACGAGUCAGGGAGAUGGAGGAAGAGGCCGAAAAGCUAAAGGAGCUGCAGAACGAGGUAGAGAAGCAGAUGAACAUGAGUCCUCCUCCAGGCAAUGCUGGCCCAGUGAUCAUGUCUAUUGAGGAGAAGAUGGAAGCUGAUGCCCGUUCUAUCUAUGUUGGCAAUGUGGACUAUGGCGCAACUGCAGAAGAGUUGGAAGCUCACUUUCAUGGCUGUGGUUCAGUCAACCGUGUUACCAUACUUUGUGACAAAUUUAGUGGCCAUCCCAAAGGGUUUGCAUAUAUAGAGUUCUCCGACAAAGAGUCAGUGAGGACUUCCUUAGCCUUAGAUGAGUCCCUGUUUAGAGGAAGACAGAUCAAGGUUAUCCCCAAACGAACCAACAGACCAGGCAUCAGCACAACAGACCGGGGUUUCCCACGUGCCCGCUACCGUGCCCGGACCACCAACUACAACAGUUCCCGAUCUCGAUUCUACAGUGGUUUUAACAGCAGGCCCCGGGGUCGAGUCUACAGGGGCCGGGCUAGAGCGACAUCAUGGUAUUCCCCUUACUAAAAAAAUGUGUAUUAGGAGGAGAGAGAGGAAAAAAAGAGGAAAGAAGGAAAAAAAAAGAAUUAAAAAAAAAAAAGAAAAACAGAAGA